AUGAGACCGGCUGAACCUGGUCCCUGGUUUGCCAAGGAGUCAUCGCGGAGCUGGUGGCAUUGCCAAAGACGAUUUCUAUUCUUCUGCGGGCAGCACCUUUGUCUGAGAGGGUGUCGUCCUGGCUUGCUAUCCCCGCUUGCAGGUGUGGGUAUGGCCAUGAGAAAAAUGGGAAGUAUGGCUAAACCGGAUGUUUACAUUGUUAAGGACGGAGAUACAAUCACCGUAAAAACAGAAAGCACCUUCAAAACUUCACAGUUCAGCUUCAAGCUUGGUGAGAAAUUUGAAGAAAAUACAUUAGAUGGCAGAAAAACUCAGACCCUUGUCAACUUAAAAGAUGAUGGAUCAUUGAUUCAGGAACAGGAGUGGGAUGGCAAGAAGACCAUAAUAACGCGGAAACUAGUGGAUGGACAAUUGGUGGUGGAGUGUGACAUGAACGGUGUUAAGUGUGUUAGAGUCUACCAGAAGGCAUGAGGACAGGCCUUCAUAUUCAGUAGGAACUUGCGACAAACAACUCAGUUCAGUGGACAGAGCUCCUUUACACUCCAUUUUUUCCUUUUCCCUGUUUUCUAGUAUUUCAAUGGACUGAGUAGCUGAGUGCAAUCCUUUUUAAAAGCCGUGAUGUAACUAUUAUGUAACUAUUCUGAUCUAUUGAGGCUAUUAAAUAAAAUUUUCAAAUAUAUGAAGUGGAAAUGUUGUUACUAUAGUGGAAUUUUAAAGUGAGGUUUUAUAAAAACUCAGUUUGGUUUUACACUUUACUGGUUUCAGUUCAAGAUAGCACUAUAUCUUCUCCCUGAAGGUAAGGGAUGGUUAAUGGCAAACUGAAUUUUGACCAACCUUCCCAUCUUUAAUUGAUAAAGUAGUAAACUCUGGAACAGGAAAGCCAUUCAGAGUUCCACCUCUGGAGUUGUUUCUAACUUGCAGCCUACAAAGUAACUAGAACUGGGUGGGCAUAGGUAGGAGAUAAGCUUGGUUGGUAUUUAAAUAAAGGAAUGCAUUUUCAGAGGUAGGUUUGCUUUUCUUUUUCAUGUUUCAAAUCCAGAAAUUUCCUACCUGAAAAAAAUAUGCAUACUAGUGAUCCAACUGGCAUGAUUAACUUAAGAAACACAUAAGUGCUUUGCUGAAAAGAAGCCUUAUUUUGAGAACGCUCUUUGUUUCCUAGCAAAAUUCUUAUUUCCUGCCUAGUAGCUUUCUGAAAACUCUUAACCAAACUCUAUUGAACUAUUGCCUAAAAUUUAAAGCAUCAUUUUUUUUUAGAACUGGCUAGAAAUGGAGUUUAUAUGCUUUAAAGUGCCAUAAUAAAUAAUAGGAAAUA